GCGAGAGCAGCGGCAGCGGGCGGGCUCUGCCGCCGGGGCGGCGCGGCCAUGGAGUCGGGCAUGGAGGAGCUGAUGCCGCGGCUGCUGCCCGUGGGCGACUGUGACCUGGCCGAGGACUUCGACCCCACCGUGCCUCCCAGGACGCCCCAGGAGUAUCUGAAGCGUGUCCAGAUUGAAGCAGCUCGAUGUCCUGACGUGGUCGUGGCGCAAAUAGAUCCCAGAAAAUUGAAAAGGAAGCCGACAGUAAACAUUUCAAUUUCUGGAUGUCAGCCUGCUCCUGAAGGAUACUCUCCAACGCUCAAGUGGCAGCAGCAGCAAGUGGCCAAUUUCUCAGCUGUUCGUCAGAGCCUGAACAAGCACAGGAAUCACUGGCGGUCACAACGUUUGGACAGCAAUGUUACUAUGCCAAAAUCAGAAGAUGAAGAAGGCUGGAAGAAGUUCUGCCUCGGGGAAAGAAUAUACUCAGAAAUAGAUGCACUAUCUGAUAAUGAAAAUUUAGGAAUUGAUUACUUGAAGGUGGGCUUUCCCCCUUUGCUAAGUAUUGUAAGCAGGAUGAAUCAGGCAACAGUAACCAGUGUCUUAGAAUACCUGAUAAGCUGGUUUGGAGAGAAAAAAUUUACUCCAGAACUGGGUAGAUGGCUUUAUGCACUGCUGGCAUGCCUUGAAAAACCUCUGCUACCUGAAGCUCACUCCCUUAUUCGACAGCUGGCGAGACGAUGUUCAGAAGUCAGGGCACUGGAGGAGAGCAAGAAUGAAGAACAAAUAUCAGCUCUGAACUUGAUAAUCUGCUUAGUUAGUAGGUACUUUGAUCAACGUGACCUGGCUGACGAGCCUUCCUAGGCUGUUUUGAGAACAUCCAGUAUUUUGCAUUGUCACAGUACAAAGAGCAUUAUCAGACUUAAAAGCAAGACACUGCACUGUUCAGACCUGGAGUAUUACACACUCCCUUCAGAACACCCUCACACUAAUGCAUUUGGGACAGCUGUGAAUAACUUCAGCUGAGUUUGUCAGUGUCUCCAAUACCAUCAUCACCAUCAUUGUAAAGUGGUAACUGAAGUGUCCAGCAUCAUCUCUCAAGCUCCUGUCUUUGUAAACUACAUUCUUGGUUAGAAAUUUCUACAAUCUGAGUAAUCUAUGGACACUGCUAUUAGGUGAAGUCUGAGGUUACAUUACAGAUUAUUAUUCUUUUUCUAACAGACUUACUGAGGACUUUUUUAAUAAAGUGAAAGGAUUUUAAAGACUGUUCUUAAA